GCCAUUUAGGUACUAAUAGCAGCUGAUGCAGCAGCCGGAGCCAGAGCUGCUCUGUCACAGAGAGGAGAGGGAGUAACUGGAGGGACACAAGCAUUAACCACGGCCCAGGCACCCGGAGAGGAAGAGAGGGAGCUGGCAUCUCAGUGACUAAAGCACAAGAAACGCCAGGAGCACCAAAGAACAGCCACCAAUUGGACAUAAAGCGGAAGAGGGAAGGAGGAGGGAUACAGAUUGGGAGAACUAAAAAACAGCGAGCUCCCAGCCUCAGCAGAAAGCCUCUACCUCAGCUACUAUGACAGGCAAAAACUGAAGCAUAUUUAUCAGACUUCUUCUUCUCAGGUUUCUUUUCCUCGUUGAGCAGCGCAAAGCUUGAAAAACCAUGCCUGAACAAAGCAAUGAUUACAGGGUGGUGGUGUUUGGAGCAGGAGGAGUUGGCAAGAGUUCCUUGGUCCUGAGAUUUGUUAAAGGCACCUUCAGAGACAGUUACAUCCCUACAAUUGAAGACACCUACCGGCAGGUGAUCAGCUGCGAUAAGAGCAUAUGCACUUUGCAGAUCACUGACACAACGGGGAGCCAUCAGUUUCCUGCCAUGCAGCGUUUGUCUAUUUCCAAAGGACACGCUUUCAUUUUGGUCUACUCAGUCACCAGCCGGCAGUCCUUGGAGGAACUCAAGCCUAUCUACGAACAGAUCUGCCAAAUCAAAGGGGAUAUAGACAGCAUCCCAAUCAUGCUGGUGGGGAACAAGAACGACGAGGACCACAACCGAGAGGUACAGACCAACGAUGGAGAAGCCCUGGCCAAAAAGUGGAAGUGUGCCUUCAUGGAGACCUCUGCCAAGAUGAACCACAAUGUGAAGGAGUUGUUCCAGGAGCUGCUGAACUUGGAGAAACGCAGGACUGUGAGCUUACAGAUUGACGGCAAAAAAAGCAAGCAACAGAAAAGGAAAGAGAAGCUGAAAGGCAAAUGUGUCAUUAUGUGAAAAUAGCAUUAUCCCGGAGCUGCCAUCUAGACUCCUUCUUCUGACUGUACCAUGUUUCAGACCUGUACACAAUGGAAAACAAACAAACAUGUGAGACUGUUUUAUUAAUAGCUGUUUUGAAAAUACCCCAGAAGUAAACAGUUGUGUGGAGUGAAAGCGCUACCAACCUCUCAACCCUUUUAUAAAUUAGACAUUGAACAGCAGCGGCAGCAAAGCAGUUACCAGAAGAAGAGCGAUAUCUCUUUUCGAGAGAAUAGAAAAUGAAAUAUCCACAACUAAGUACUCCCGCCGGUAUCGUUGCCACUAUGUAAAGAUGAGGAGUUGUUAGUUUAAAAUUUUAUGCUAAUGCUAUAUGUAGAAUUAAUGAAAGAUGUAUUUAUCUACAAAAAUAUAUAUUUGGAAGUAGAACUAAAUUUAGGGUUAAGUUAA